AUGACCACCCACAUCCCCUCCAUCACGCUCCCGGCCUUUCUGUUCGAACAGCCUGCCGCCGCCGUGCUCCUCCCGAUCGCUGCUGGCACCGCUAUUGGCUUCGCCAUAUCCCCAUCAGAGACGAGGAAGUUCCAUGCAGCCUUGCGCCAACCACCCUUGAAGCCUCCUGGAUGGAUUUUCGGUCCUGUCUGGACGGCGUUGUAUGGUGCGAUGGGAUAUGCUAGCUAUCGUGCCUGGACGAUCGGGACUACGAGCGUGAACCCACGCACAGUGCAGCUCGCAAAGCAUGGCGCAACCUUGUACACCAUUCAAUUGGCGUUGAACUUGGUCUGGACACCUCUCUUCUUUGGCUUGAAGAAGCCUGUAGCUGCCAGCGCCGAUAUCAUUGCUCUGACAGGCACAGUGGGCUACUUGGCUUAUAUCUGGGGCCAAGUGGACGAGACGUCUGGCUGGCUGUUGGCUCCAUACCUUGCAUGGCUCGGCUUCGCCAAUUACCUCUGCCAUGGCGCCGGGUACUUGAACUCUUGGGACUUUUCUACACAAGGUCAGAAACAGGCCUGA